UGAUGUGAUCCAGUUUCGCGACAGCUCAGCUCUGCUGAUACGACAAAGAUGGCGUCUAAGGAGGCGACUGUCUAUAUCAUCGAUGUCGGCAAAUCCAUGGGCGAGACCAGCCAUGGCCGCACGCAAUCGAACCUUGACUGGGCUCUGGAGUACUUUUGGGACAAGAUCACAGCAACGAUCGCAACUGGCCGUAAAACUGCCAUGGCCGGCGUGGUCGGCCUCCGGACCGAAGAGAGUGAGAACGAUCUCGCCGAUGAUGAGAAUUACCAGAAUGUCAGCGUGCUUCAUGGCAUCAGCCAGCUAUUGAUGCCUGACGUUCGACGGUUGCGAGACAAAUUGAAAGUGAGCAAUACCAAAAAUGGUGAUGCCAUCGAUGCUUUGGUUGUUGCUGUUCAAAUGAUCAACGAAACAUGUAAAAAACUGCAAUACAUUCGGAAGAUUGUACUUAUCACCGACGGCCGCGGUCAGAUGGAAGUCGACAUGUUGCCUGAGAUCAAAAAGAAGAUUGUGGAAGACAAAAUCGAUUUGAUUGUGCUGGGAGUCGAUUUCGAUGACCCUGAGUAUGGCUACAAAGAAGAAGAGAAGUCCUCUACCAAAGAGGAAAACGAAACUAUAUUGCGAACAUUCUGUGAAGACUGUGAUGGCACCUUCGGCACCAUGUUGCAGGCCAUUGACGAACUUCAAAUGCCAAGAGUCAAAUCGACCAGACCAGUGGCCGGUUAUCGAGGUGUCUUGACGUUGGGAAACCCAGAGCUGUACGAGGAUGCCUUUACCAUCAACGUGGAACGAUAUCCGAAGAUCAUGAAAGCAAGUGUACCAAGUUCGAGCGCUUUUGUCGUGCGACAAGGCUCGAGCCAAAGUUUUGCGACCUCACAGAACACCGACGAAAGCGUUGCAGAGAACGAUCUCUCCGCAGUACGAAUGGCUCGCACAUACCAGGUCCAAGAAGACAGUGCUCCUGGCGGCAAGAAGGAUGUCGAGCGAGACGAGCUCGCCCGUGGAUACGAAUAUGGGCGCACGGCAGUGCAUAUUUCAGAGAGCGAUCGCAACGUAACUACUUUCGAAACACUACCUGGUUUGGACGUUAUUGGCUUCGUCCAUAAGGACCAAUAUCAGCGAUAUCUCGAUCUGUCACGCGCCAACAUGAUCGUCUCGAAGAAAGCUGACGAGAAAGCUUCCAUGGCACUAUCCUCUCUCAUUCAUGCAUUAUACGAACUGGACUCCUAUGCUGUCGCUCGAUUUGUUGCGAAGGAGAACAAGGAACCGCGGAUCCUCUUGCUGACACCUAACAUCGAGCCUGACUUCGAGUGCCUGUACGAUGUAGAACUGCCUUUCGCAGAAGACGUCCGUAACUACAAAUUCCCUCCACUCGAUCGAGUGGUGACAGUGUCCGGAAGAUCGCUGAAGGUGCAUCGCAACCUGCCGAACGACGAUCUCAUGGACGCUAUGAGCGAAUACGUGGACAAAAUGGAUCUGUCUGCAUCCGCAACGAAUGAAGACGGAGAAACUGUCGAGUAUGGAGCACCCGACGACACAUACACACCAAAGCUGCAUCGUUUGCAGCAUGUUAUUCACCACAGAGCCAUCUUUCCCGAGGCCGACCCUCCCGAUGCACGUCCUGUCAUUCUCAAGUACUCCCAACCUCCCGAAGACCUCAUCAAAAAGGCGACGCCUGCCCUUGAGCGAGUGAUCAAGGCCGGAGAGGUGAAGAAAGUACCGCCCAAAGCUCGUGGCAAGCGAUGGAGUCGAAAGGAGACGUCAAAACCACUCUCAGAUCUCGACGUCGCUGCUCUGCUAGCGCAAGACCCCAGGAGGAAAAGCAAGCGCAUCGAUCCAAAGAAUGCCAUCCCGGAGUUCAUACAAAUGGUGGAGUCAGCCGAUGGCCUCCCGCAGUUCGAAGAGGCUUGUACGCAGCUCAAAUUCAUCAUCUACGACUGGAUCAAGCAUUCCGUCGGCAACAUGGCUUAUGGUCGUGCGCUCGAGGGCAUUGGAGCCAUGAGAAAGGCAUGCGAGGAUAUGGAGCACCCGGGCCCCUUCCACAGCUUUCUCGUGGAGCUCAAGCAGAAGGCAUUGGGUGGAGAAUUGGGUGGGGAUAGGAAAGCGAUGUGGUUCAAGGUUCGACAGGCCAAAAUGCGGCCGCUUUUGAAGAGCGAGUGUCAAGGCAGUGAUUACACUGAGGAAAUGGCGAAGAAGCUCAUGUUACCUCAAUUAAGCGACUGAGUUGUGGCUAGAGUGCUGAGGAGUGGUUUUCGAGGGUAUGUGCUUUCGCAGAUUGCGAUGGCCACCGAUGAGCGUAUGAAGUUGCUAGGAAAGCGUGGUGGCUACAGAAAAGCUGGUGUAAUGAGAAUCACGAACAGAGUUCCUGCCAGCUCAUUCCACGCUCAACGCUCGCAUCCAAGAACGGCGCGGGAUUACAUUAGCAGUCAUGAACUCCACAGAGGGAAGUGGUU